ACCCUAAACACCUAACGUUAGUAGGUGAAAUUACACUGUUAGCAUUAGCUACUGUAAACUGCAUAGACAGUUCCUGUUGGUACAAGAAAGAUCAGUAUGGCGGUGUCACCAGCAGUCACAACGUUAUGUGAGAAUUCUAAUGGAGUGUUUUUAGACGCCGCCAAGUUAUUACUUACAUACGCGGACAACAUUUUAAGAUAUCCCAGUGAGGAAAAGUACAGAUCGAUCCGCAUAGGGAAUCCUACUUUCUCCACCAAGCUGUUGCCCAUCAAAGGUGCUGUGGAAUGCCUCUUUGAAAUGGGAUUUGAGGAGGUACAAUUCAUAAGUAACUGCCAGGCUGAGACCCACCUGGUGUUCCCCAAGUCUGCAUCAGUGGAACAGCUCAGGCUCAUCAGGGAAUCCAUAGCAGCAGAGAGGGAUCAGAGGCUGCGCGGAGGACAGCCCGUCCAACCCGCUGUUCAGGCUGCUGCGGCCUCAGCCUCAGCCUCAGCCUCAGCUCCAGAGAGCUCUGCUGCUGCCUCCAUCCGGCCGGUUUCACCACCUCCACCACAGCCAUCGUCCUUGGAGAGCAGUAUGAGCUUCUUUGUCACUCUCCAGUCAAACUUUCAACAUGUGAUGCUGUAUGAAAACCCUGAGCUGCAGCAGAAAGCCAGGAGCUGCAUCCCUCACCAGCAGCUGUCCUCUGCUGCUGAACACAAGCUAAAGGAGGUGAAAGAGGCUGACCCAGAAUGUAAACUCGGAAAAGAAGACUUCCUGGUGCUGGAGUUGCUCAGAUGGUUCAAACAGGACUUCUUCUCCUGGGUGAACUGUCUGCCAUGCAGCAGCUGUGGAGGCCAGACCCAGAACGCCCGCUCCCUCAGUCCCACCACCGAUGACCUCCGCUGGGGAGCCCAGCGAGUGGAGGACCACUACUGUCGGAGCUGCCAGCUCUCCACCAGAUUCCCCAGAUUCAUCAACAAACACUUCCGCUGUGGUGAGAACACGGAUCUAACACGGUAUAACAAUCCUGAGAAGCUUCUUGAAACCAGGAGGGGGCGCUGUGGGGAGUGGGCUAAUUGUUUCACAUUGUGCUGCAGAGCCCUGGGCCUUGAGGCCAGAUAUAUCUGGGACAGCACAGACCAUGUGUGGACAGAGAUUUACUCGGUGUCUCAGCGUCGCUGGCUGCACUGUGACUCGUGUGAGAAUGUCUGUGAUAAGCCUCUACUGUACGAGGUUGGCUGGGAGAAGAAACUGGCCUACAUUCUGGCUUUCUCUAAGGACCAGGUUGUCGAUGUGACCUGGAGGUAUUCCUGCAAACAUCCAGAGGUUUUGUCGAGAAGGACCAGGGUUCAGGAGACGUGGCUGCUGCACACCAUCAAUGGCCUCAAUGCCUCUAGGCAGCAGUCCCUGAGUCCAGAAAGGAAGAAGGAGCUGACGGAGAGGCUGCUUGUCGAGCUGGUGGAGUUCAUUUCCCCCAAGAAGCCAAAACCAGGAGAGCUGGGUGGACGCAACUCUGGCUCUCUGGCCUGGAGGAUAGCACGUGGAGAGACUAGAGGGGCUGACUCAGGGACCUCUACACAGGCUGAUGGUUAUGUGUUUACUCCUACUGAGAAAGAGAAGGGUGAUCGGUUACUGCAUGUGCGCUACAGUGCCACCAAAGACCAGUACUGUCGAGUGUCCAACGACUCUGAAGUGAUUCAGAGCUGGGAUCAGUGUGUGUGGAACAAGGACUCUGUCUUCAGAAAGGUGGAGAGUGACUGGCAGAUGGUGUACAUAGCUCGAACAGAAGGCUCCUCUAUGGGAAGAAUCAGCUGGAAGUUUGACUUUGCUCCAGCAGGACUGAAGAUAAAGUCUCUUUCAGUCAUGGCCAGUAGCCAGACCUUCCACUCUGGGAAAGUCUGCUGGCAGUUGCAGGCAGGCCCGAUUACUACAGAGUUCUCUGGAGAUGGGAAGAUGCAGUCGUUCCAGAGUCUGUCCGGCUCCUCUGAGUUCAUUGUUGUGGCAGGACUCAGUGGUGGAGAAGGGGAGACGUCAUGGCAGCACACUCAGCUCUUCAGACAAAGCUUGAAGCAGACAGAGGAGACUUCAUUUGAAAUUCUUAUCCACUUAGAAGACGCUUAACAUAUGUUUUACUCAACAAAACUUGGACCCCUAAUUUGUUUUCACAGUCGACUGCUUUGACAAGUUCAGAGCUGUUUGGUUUUGUUUGAUGACAAAUCAGUGUAAUAUUAAAUUUGUGUCAGCCCUUCUGGAUGAUUAAAUACGCAUGGCCUAAUGAUUGACAAAUGAACUCAUGAAUUUUGUACCUAUUGCAGGUACAGAUGUUGUCAAACAUUUAAUCUAUUUUUUUAUUUGACUGAGGGCCAAAUAACCUAUAAGAUGUGCAGUCUACAAUAUACCUGUAAGGAGUUUUAACCAUAAAGCCAUAGUUUCUUUAACAUCAACUGUGAAUGUGUCUGUUAUUUGUGAUGCGUAGGGUUGAUGCCUCAUCAGCAUCAGGUUGCUUUAGUUCUCCUACCAGUAAUAAACUAUUUUAUUAUUUAUUAUUGGUCAGCGUGUCAUGCCGCCAGGCUACCUACAUGUGUAUAAUUAUAAAUGGAGCAAAUGAAUGUUGGUGUGAUGGAAAGGGCUCAAAAUGUAUGGUGGUAUAAUAAAGAUAUUUUUCCAGU